AUUCAUAACAGGAAAAAUGGCCUCUACCGGCCAGAGAGCCUUUGCUCAGAAAUUAAGCAAGCAAGGAGCGGCAGAAGUACGCAGACAGGUGUCCUCCACCAUCUUUAUAGCACCUGAGCCUACCAAUACCAGUGCCAAGAGCACCACCCACUCCCACAGUAGUACCGGCAGCACCUUCAUCACCCACCACACUCAGCAAACAACUGGGACACUCGCAAAUGAUGGGAUUGAACCUCCAGAUUUUGAGGACUUUGUUAUACAAAACCAGUGCCUCAUCGAACGUGAUCCCUUCAAGGACCUACUGUUGUACCCAGAAGAUGACAUCGAUGUCCAUACAGUGCCCAAAACAAGUCGCACUGUCACACCAGUCGUUCCUGAAUCAAGUGAUCUGGACCCAAUAGUCAAGGACUGUGUGCAGCGAUACACAUCGGAUUACACAGUUGUCACACGCAGAUACCAGAGGUACAGCUCCAGUUUCCACAGCAAGGAGAAACUGGCCGACCGAGAUGGCAUCAUACAUCAAGAGUAUGAGAUUGAUGACAUGGACGAGAUGCCUCCGGAGCAAGAAAAGCAAGAGAGCAACAAGCGUCAGUCCCUCCACUUAAACGAGACUCCUCGUGGCAGCUGGGCCAGUAGUAUAUUCGAUCUGAAACAGAGUCAGGCAGAUGCUCUCCUGCCCAACCUGUUCCAGCGCAUGUCAUACGACGAUGUCGACCACAAUAACGAGAACCAGCGCCAGCAGAACAGACAGGACAAUAUCUUUAGUCUGUUUCCACCACAGGAAGAGGAGGAGUGUAUUGAGAGACGAGCCCCUAUGGAGACGCCCAAAGAACACUUCGGACACCGAAUACACGUCAAAUGUCUACAACUGUCACUGGAGAUGGAGGUUGAGCCCAUCUUUGUUACACUCGCUUUGUACGAUGCUCGGGAGAGGAAGAAGAUCUCGGAGACAUUCCACUUUGACAUGAACUCGGACCACCUGAAGCGGAUGAUCCACAUGCAUGUGCCGCAUCAGGACAUCUCCACCCUCAGUCGCGGCUGCAACUUCAGCAUCACCUACCCGACCAAUGAUGUGUUCCUCGUUGUCAAGCUGGAGAAGGUCCUGCAGCAGGGGGAUAUCAGCGAGUGUGCGGAGCCCUACAUGAAGGAGGAUAAGUCUGCUAAAGAAGAAAAGUACCGCACACAGGCUACUCAGUUUUGUGAUCGCCUCGGCAAGUACCGUAUGCCGUUUGCCUGGACGGCCAUCUACCUGAUGAACAUCGUAGGGGGGCAAAGCAACAGCCUGGAGAGGGAGGCAUCUGUUGAGAAGUCCAUAGACCACGAGUCCCCCUCGUCCCGAGCCGCCAGUCUGGAUCGGCGGAGUGGAGUUGGGGGUCAGUUCUCGGGAUUCCGGAAACAGUCCAAGGAUGACCUACUAGCUGGACGUCGGGGCUCAAUUGACCGUGGUCGAGCUGGUUAUGAGAAGAGACGUAGUUGGUCCCCAGAGAGCUAUGGAGCAAGUCUAGACAACUUCAGACCUGUCACGCUCACCGUCUCCAGCUUCUUCAAGCAGGAGAGUGACAAGCUGAGUGAUGAUGAUCUGUACAAGUUCCUGGCCGACCUCAAACGUCCAUCAUCUGUCCUGAAGAGAGUUAAGUGCAUUCCAGCAACAUUAAAGCUUGAUGUGUCCCCCUGCCCAGAGGAGCCCCGCUACAACCUCACCCCCGAGCUGUGGAAGGUGGAGCCCUACCCCGACGACAAGGGCCGCCCUACCAAGGAGGUCACUGAGUUCCCAGCCAAGGAGGUGUUCAUACCUUACAGCACGUACAAAAAUCUGCUGUUUGUGUACCCCAAGUACCUGAACUUUACAAACCGUCAGGGCUCGGCUCGGAACCUAGCCGUCAAGAUCCAGUACAUGGUGGGAGAGGAUGAGGUGCACGCCAUACCGGUGAUAUUCGGCAAGUCGAGCUGCCCGGAGUUGACCCGAGAAGCCUACACAGCGGUCACCUACCACAACAAAUCCCCUGAUUUUUAUGAGGAGAUCAAGAUCCGGUUGCCGGGGCGACUGAAUGAGCAGCACCACCUGAUGUUCACCGUGUACCACAUCAGCUGUCAGGUGAAGAAGAACGAGCCGACGCCCGUGGAGAUUCCUGUUGGCUACACGUGGCUGCCAUUGAUGAAGGAGGGCCGGCUGCAGACUGGAGAGUUCUCUCUGCCUGUCUCUGUGGAGAAGCCGCCUCCCCGGUUCUCCAUGCUGCACCCAGAUAUCAAGCUGCCCAACAUGAAGUGGGUGGACAACCAGAAGUGUGUGUUCCAAGUCAACGUCAAGGCCGUCUCCUCCGUACACACUCAGGACGAGCACGUCGAUCGCUUCCUGCAUCUCAUAAACGCAGCACAGGAACAGAAGAUCCCGCCCCGCAUGACGGAAGUCCACUUUGAGAAUGAGUUGAAGCGAAGCAUCAUGGAUGUUGUGAAGGCCAAGGGAGAGAACCUCAUCCACUUCCUGCCUCUCAUCCUGGACAAGCUGAUCAUGCUCAUGGCGAGACCACCGGUCAUCGGGGGAAAUAUAUUAAACACGGGCCAAAGUUCGUUUGAGGCUAUUGCCCAGAUAGUUCAGCAGUGCUCGGAGCUCCUGGAGGACAAGAACGACGCCAAUGGCCGCAACUCUAUCCUCGUCGCUUACAUCCAGUACUGCAGUAAAAUACCAAGCCCUGCCUCGUCACAGAACUCUCCCCAGGGGCUAGGCAGCCCCACCAUGCACUCCCAGGGGGGCUACAACACCCUGGGGCGGCCGUCGUCCCUCCCAAUCACUAAACAGUCCUACAUGAGAAGCACCAGUAACCCAGACCUGGCUGGACAGACCCCAACGUCACCCGAUGCUGAGGUGUUUAGUUUCAAUGCUGGGCGGUUUGAGCGUGGAGGCAGUGUCAAGAUGGAUGACAUUGGGACCCAGGGAUUCUCCAAGAUGAGAGGGAAGAAACUGGUCCAUGAAGAGCUAGCCUUGCAGUGGGUCGUGUCAAGUGGAUCGAUGAGGGAGACGGCGCUCGCCAAUUCCUGGUUCUUCUUUGAGCUUAUUGUGAAGAGUAUGGCUGAGCACCUCGGUCAGGCUGAUCGACUCACUGCUCCACGACAGAUGCGCUUCCCAGACCACUUCCUGGACGACAUCUCUUCCCUCGUGAACACACUCAUCAGAGACAUCGUAGAGAGAUAUAUCCGGGACCCUCCCCUGAUCAAGAGCCUCAACACCAGCCUGGCGUUCUUCCUGCAUGACCUGAUGUGUCUGAUGGACCGUGGCACCAUCUUCACGUACAUCCACACAUACUGUCGCACGAUUGCAGGCAAAAUGUCCCAGCUGUCGGACUCCACCAGCCUCAUCCUGCUCCGCCUCGACUUCAUCCGCAUCAUCUGCUCCCACGAACACUACUUCCCCCUCAACCUGCCCUUUGCCACCCCCCUCACCCCAUCAGGGACUUCCAGCCCCACCCCCAGCUCUGGCAGUGCUAUCUCCCACCACUCCUUCGCUUCCAACACAUCCACUAGCACACUCACAGACAAGGGCGUGUACCUCGAGUUGACGCCCGAGUUCCGACAACAGCAUUUCCUUGUGGGCCUGGUGUUGUCUGACCUCUCCGCAGCCUUUGACACAUUUAACCCAUCCAUCCACCAGAGGGCCGUCAAUGUUGUCCGCAACUUGCUGUAUAAUCACGAUCUGGAUGUCCGCUACACCAACCCUGAGGUGAAAGGUCGCCUUGCAGCCAUGUACCUGCCACUGGUCGGUAUUGUGAUGGGGGCACUGCCCCAGAUGUACGACCCCAACACAGAAGGUCGUAACAGAGAGUCCAGCAACUUCGAUGAGGAGGGGGACAAGAUCAGCAAGAAGCUGGCCCUUGCUAUUGCUGGUGCGUCCUUCUGUGCCAGUGGAGAGGCACCCUAUGACCCCAAUGAACCUUCAACAAAGGUUCGGAAAUGUCCGCUGAACAUGGAAACCACACGGAACUUGCUGAUCUGUUUCCUGUGGGUGUUGAAAAAUGCAGAACACUCCCUGUUGAAGCAGUGGUGGGGGGACCUGCCCAUGGUGAAGCUCAACAAGCUGCUGGAGGUCGUCUACUUCUGCGUGUCCAACUUCGAGUACAAGGCCAAAUGGGCAAUCAUCAACUUUGACCUUCUGACACAAUUACGACUAUUGCGUCCGAACUUGUCGUCGUCGGAAGAAACCUUGGAAGAUUGGGGCAGCGGCAGUAACGGUGGUGAUAGCCCCCCUCACUCUCAGCGGCCUAAAAGCCACACCCUGCCCAAAUCUCAAUCACUCCACGAGCAGCUUUGGGAGGGAAUUCAAAGAAAGUCGCAGGAUUUUAUUCGGGGCACGGGGACUCUGCUUAAUCGCAGCUUCUCCCGAGAUGAUCCCACAGGGCAGGUACAGGGUAAAAAGAUGCUGGCACAGUACUCACAGCAGACACUGAAGCGGAGCACAGAUAUGAAGUCACGCUUGGAGGAAGCCAUCUUGGGCACUGGAAAUGCUCGCACGGAGAUGAUGAUGCGGCGACGUGGGACAGCAGGCAGUCUGUCUGGUGACCGUACCCCGCCCGUGCUGGCUCCGGAAAGCGGCUCCAUGAGGCUCCGAUGGAGGAAGGACCAGGUUCAGUGGCGACACUCACUGGAGAUACAGGACAGCAUGAAGCCGCGUGACGUUGAGUCUGACGCUCAUGUGGAGGGGAGCCUGGCCGCCGAGGUCAGCAUGAUCUCACUGGACACCCUGGAGCUCAUCAUGCAGAUUGCACAGCUGUCCGACGAAAUGCAGCCCCUCCUCAGCAGCGGUCUGCGGGUCCUGCUGCACAUGCUCGGACUCAACCAGAGCAUGCUGGUCCUGCAGAACCUCUUCUCCACACAGAGGGCACUUGUCACCAAGUUCCUCGAUCUGUUGUUUGAGGAGGAGACGGAGCAGUGUGCGGACCUGUGUCUGCGUCUGCUACGUCACUGCAGCUCCUGCAUCAGCAACACCCGCUCCCAGGCCUCCGCGUCCCUCUACCUCCUCAUGAGGCACAACUUCGAGCUGGGAAAUAACUUUGCUCGUGUGAAGAUGCAGGUGACAAUGUCCCUGUCCUCCCUUGUGGGACAGAAUCAGAACUUCAAUGAGGAGUACCUCCGCAAGUCCCUGAAGACCAUACUCACAUAUGCAGAGUUCGACCAUGAUCUUCAGGAAACAUCCUUCCCAGAACAGGUGAGAGACCUCGUGUUCAACCUCCACAUGAUCCUGUCCGACACUGUCAAGAUGAAGGAGUACCAGAAUGACCCCGAGAUGCUGCUCGACCUCAUGUACCGCAUUGCCAAGGGUUACCAGACCUCCCCGGACCUCCGACUCACCUGGCUUCAGAACAUGGCCCAGAAACACAGUGAGCGGGGCAACCAUGCCGAGGCAGCCCAGUGUCUGGUCCAUGCGGCGGGGCUGGUGGCGGAGUACCUGAAUAUGCUGGAGGAUAAACCCUACCUGCCAGUCGGCUGUGUGGCCUUCCAGAAAAUAACUUGGAAUGUGCUAGAGGAGAGUGCCAUCUCAGAUGAUGUAGUGUCACCAGACGAGGAGGGCAUCUGUUCCGGGAAGUAUUUCACUGAGAAUGGCCUUGUGGGCCUGCUGGAGCAGACUGCCAGCUCCUUCACGAUGGCCGGUAUGUACGAGGCUGUGAACGAGGUGUACAAGAUCCUGCUGCCGAUCCACGAAGCAAGCCGGGACUACAAGAAGCUGGCCCACAUCCACCAGAAGCUGCAGGAGUCGUUCAACAAUGUCAUCAGAAUGGAAGGGAAGCGGAUAUUUGGGACGUAUUUCCGCGUUGGGUUCUACGGCUCGUUGUUCGGGGACUUGGAUGGGGAGGAGUUUAUCUACAAGGAGCCUGCCAUCACAAAACUCCCUGAAAUAUCUCACCGACUCGAGAGUUUCUAUGGUGACCGGUUCGGCUAUGACGUUGUGUCAACUGUGAAGGAUUCCAACACUGUAGAAAAGGAAAAAUUGGACCCUGCCAAGGCCUACAUACAGAUCACCUAUGUUGAGCCGUACUUCGACAUGUACGAGUACAGAGACAGGAUCACCUACUUUGACAAGAACUACAACAUCAAGCGGUUCAUGUACGCCACGCCCUUCACGCUGGACGGCCGCGCCCACGGGGAGCUUCACGAGCAGUACAAGAGGAAGACCAUCCUCACAACCACCCACACAUUCCCCUACGUCAAGACACGCAUGACAGUCAUAGAGCGGCAGCAGAUCAUCUUGUCGCCUGUGGAAGUGGCAAUCGAGGAUGUACAGAAGAAGACCCGGGAGCUGGCGUUGGCCUUGUGCCAGGAGCCUCCAGACCUGAAGAUUCUGCAGAUGGUAUUGCAGGGAUGUAUCGGCACGACAGUCAACCAGGGUCCCCUGGAGGUGGCGCUGGUGUUCCUGGCAGACGUAGCAGGGGGAACACAACCCCCCAGCAAGCACCACAACAAGCUCAGGCUGUGCUUCAAGGACUUCCUCAAAAAGUGCAGCGACUCACUGCAGCGUAACAAGGCUCUCAUUGCCUCGGAGCAGAAGGAGUAUCAGCGAGAGCUGGAGCGGAACUACCACAACUUCAAAGAAAAAUUGCAGCCUAUGAUCUGCUCCAACAUUGUCUCACUCAACAAACGAUCUCGCCACAAGAACAAAGAGGCUAAGGAACGUUUGAAGCGCCAAGAGGUGAACACAUCCCAGUGUUGAGUUGCCGAGUCCCGGAAUCCUCCUAACACGAGUCCGAGAGCAUGUGCCACCACACCGGCUGGCUUGACCAGUCCUGUCACAUCGUCACCUCAACUUGGUUCAGGCCAAGUAUUAUGUAUGGAUCAAGUUGAAAUCCUCAACCAUGGGAUCAUGGCCCACUGACAUUAUCAGGACUCCUGUCUCACAUUGAAAUGCUGACUUGUAGAAUAAGAACUGAUAUCACCAAUAUAUCCACAGCAGUGUCCAGAUUGGUUCAGUACACACUGCAGCUGUCAGUGUAUGUAGAACUACAACAGAUCCUCUCAGGAGCUGGAGUAGGGCAGUGGAUGUGACUGGUCCUGUGUCCUACAAGAGUGAGUGAGUGUGGUUUUACGCCGCUUUUAGCAAUAUUCCAGCAAUAUCACGGCAGGGGACACCAGAAAUGGGCUUCACACAUUGUACCCAUGUCGGGAAUCGAACCUGGGUCUUCGGCAUGACGAACGAACGCUUUAACCACUAGGCUACCCGACCGCCCCCUGUCCUUCAAGAACUAGUCACUGGUGUCUAUACAAAGUAGAAUCAAUCUCUUCUGUAACUUGCAGUAGGAGUGUGUGGAUGUUUCUGCUGCCAUCGGCACCACCAAAUAUGGCCUCCAGUUUCAGUUGCCUGGCUGCUGACCUGUCCUCACAAUUAGAAACAUGCUUACCAGAGGUGGAUCCGGAGCGGAUCCAGAGCGGAUCAAGAGUGGAUCCAGGGCCUGUGAGGGGAGAAACAGGUUCACAUUUUGAAUUCCUGACCUUUGUGGGGUGCUUGUGUUUCAAAUUCUGAAUUCUUUGCUUCAGUGUGUGGGGAGGUUAAAAAAGACAAGAUGGCGGGGGAUACUGAUGAAUGUAUGUCAGUACUACAAAGAUGGCUCUUGUCAUUGGGUUCCAUGUGUGAUUUUUCAAAAUGGUUGGGGCCAAACCCCAUGCCCCCUCCCUCUGGAUCCGCCAAUGCUUGCUGUUGAUUGCUAGGAAAGGAACUGUGCAAUACUGUUGACAUUGUAGUCUUUACUUUUGCCAUUACUGGCAGUGCUUGAUGCAGAUGUUUUCAUUGCAUUGCUUAUUGCAGGAAUCUUGGUAUUGUUGAAUAAAUACCCAUUAUUACCUAUAGUGUAAAUGCAAAUCUAAAUCAUCCAAUAAGAUAACUGAAUAUCUUGAAGGAAGCUAUUGAUGUACACUUCUGUAACUUGACUGAAACUCUUUUCUCUAACCCUGUAUUGUAUGUUUAUUAAAUCUUAAUCUAUGUUUGCAUAUAUGCAUAUGUUCAUAAUGAAAUGUCUUUCAAAUGUAUAAAAUGUAACUUGAUGAAGAUCAACAGCUAUUUAGAGUUGCUGCUAAUCUGUAGGUGUGCGAUGCUUCCUUUGGAUGUCAUGUAAAGGCAAAAUUUAUCAAGACAUAAAAAUUAUCUGUCUACGAAAUAUGUAGGCUUAAUUCAUAUCUGAAGAAUAACAAGGAGACCAAAUGUUUACCAUUGCAUAAUACUAUCUAGUCUUUCUGUGCAAUAACUCACAUGUGUAUAUAACAUUUUGUAAAUAGUAACUUAAUGUCUGUAUUUAUUGAUACCUGCCUCACAAUUAAUCCAUCAAAAUGUUGGCGGAUAUUGCAUCAUGUUUGAACUCAUUAAGCCGCAAUUUGAGCAAUGUUCAAUUAUGAUUGUGAUAAGUUUUCAUAAUCUAUACUACUCAAAAGAAGUUAAGGACCACCCAAUUCUUUCAUUAUACUAUAGUCAUGACAGAUUAAAUAUAGUAAUAAAUAUGAAAGAAUUGGGUGAUUCUUUCAUUAUACUAUAGUCAUGACAGAUUAAAUAUAGUAAUAAAUAUGAAAGAAUUGGGUGGUCCUCGACUUCUUUUGAGUAGUAUAGUCUAAGAUGUCCGGGAGCCUGGUGAUGGUGGCAGGGGCCCAAGCCAUGUAGUUGUAGCCAUCUUGUCAGCUGUCUCACUGUUAAUCAGGGCACAUCAAAUGCUGUUACGUUUACCAUGGACCAUGUUCUACAUACUUCAGCUAUGUAGUGUUUUGAAUGAGAAUAUUCUAAUUAGUACCCUUUUGGUAUUAAGCAUGUAUUCCUUGUUAUACACGGAGAUCUGAAUACAGAGAUGUGGUGGUAGCAGGAGCAUUCGAUUUCUUUUGUCUUAUGUCUUAUGUCUUAUGUAGAUGAUUCCUUAAUCAAAAGAAUGUUGACCAAAAUCAUCAACGAAAAUAUGUUCAACAUGUUUUUGUCAGAACUACAUCUAUCAUCCCACCUCUCAAUGUUCAUCAAUACAAUGUUUUGUAUACUUUGUACAAUAAACAGUAAUACAAUGUU